AUGGUGCUUACAAGGACCAAGGUCAAGCUCCCAGAAUCAGAUUGCCCGUACUCGGUCGGUCCCCGCGUUAGAAGCGCUCUACGCUGUCGCCUUUCUCUGUGCACCGGUUCUGGACCAUACUCAGUGCCGUAUGUUACCCUUGGCUCACGCGACGGGAUUGGAAAAAUAAGAUUGUGGACUACAUCGUCCGGAAACAAUCGAGCAUUUGUUCCUACAACUACCGAGCACAUCGCUGUCAGCGAGAAACAAGUUCUAACGCUGCUACACGUUGCAUCCAAUGUUAUACCCGUACCAUUGGUACAAGAAACUAUCGGAGUUGCGCCGAAAGUCAUUGAACUCUGCGAGGACGCAUCGCCGGCUGUUGAAGAGAGGGUCAAGGAGCUGAAAUGUAGAGUCGGCCAUCUCAUGAUCAUCAUCAUAGACCACGUAACGUCCCAAAACGACGUCGAAGGCAGCAAGAAGGCAUUUGUAAAUGCCAUGAAGCUGUCAACUGCCAUGGACGGCUUUAAGCUCGCAAAUGGUCUCCGAGACUCGUCCCACCUACGGCAGCUUCAGUCUCGUCAAGAGGAGACGCACGGUCUUGUCCAACACGCACUAGACGAAGUCACACGGGAGCGCGAUCAAUCGAGCAUUCAGCAACAAAUGCCUCUUAAGCCGGAGAUAUUCCACGGACGCGAAACCCUUGUUCAAGACAUUGCCCGGUUCCUCAUCAAAGAGGAAUCCUCUCCUGCUUGCAUUCUAGGCCCUGGAGGAAUGAGAAAAACCUCAGUUUCCCUCGCCAUCGUCGAAUCAGCGCGGAUCCGAGCCCAUUUCUUUCCCGAACACCUUUUCUGGCAAAUGACGCUCUCAAAGAUCAUCUCCCAACUCGAUGCCUCCACACAACCGCGCCUCAUCCUACUUGAUAACUUCGAGACGCCAUGGAACGCGCCAGGCGGAGCGCAGAAGCAAGUCGGUGACAUCCUCCGACAGCUAGCAAUGCUGAAGCAUGUCUCCAUCCUCGUUACCAUGCGCGGAAGCCAAGCUGCCUGCGACAAAGCCAUCACUCGGCAGUUGAGAGACAUACAACCUACCGACGAAGAGGCAUGCAUCCGUAUCUUCCACGACAUCAACCCAGAUUCGGAGAACGAACCAGAUGUCAAGGUGUUGCUGGGCACACAUACCUUUCGCUGUCACCCUCAUGGCCAAUCUCGGCAAACAAGGGCAGUCAACGGCGAGGGCGUUGUUGAACGCAUCAUCGAAGUUCGGGCCGGACAUCCUAGCCAGGAUGAACAGAGCAUGAACCGGAGGACAACAAAAGACGACCUCUCCUGGUGGGCGCCUACUCUUGACGUGUCUAUGAUUCCCUCUGCCAUUGUCAGUCUAUCAGCCGCAGCACUGCUGGUCAAGAAACCCCAGCAAUCCACCACGUCCCUGAUCCUCUUCGUACUUCCUGUUGUUCAGUCGUUCAUGCAACAGCACAAUCGAAUCGAAGAGGAUCUCCGAGCCCAGACUUUCUCCUUGUGCUGCCAAUAUGUCCUAGACAACGCAUGCCGUUGCGACGACCCCCGAUUUCGUGUCAAUGCAAAGGAUCUCGCAGCUGAAGGCACCAACAUCCACUCCGUCCUUUUCAGCCGCUCACCCUCCCCCGACUUAUCUGAACAAACGAUCAAAUCGUUCAUUGCCCUGAGCUGGCAUUACUGCGACACGAUGCCCAACCCAGAGGUUGCCAGCCGUGCAGGAGAAGCAACGAAAGGCUUCGGGGUAGGGAAAUACAUCCCAUCAGCGGUAUGGUGCCUAAGCAGGACGUACUACGACCUCGCCAACAAGCCUACCAGAUUUUCAAGGCCCUUCCCCCUGAUAACCUCACUCAACGACUUGGUGGCUCGAUUUUGUCAACUGUGCCCGGCAUGUGGACGAGCAGAGCAAGAUUGUUUCUUUGGCAAGGGACGUAGAAGCGAGAUGUGCCACCCUCUCCGACAACCUCGUCCAUGCCCGGAGUGUUGUGUUCCUUGGCGUCGUCCUGGACACGGGCGAGCAGCGCCCGGGUGCAUUAUCACCAAGAUCAACCCCACUAGGCGUUGGGAGCUGUUGAAGAUGCGUGGAAGUGUCCCUGAUGACGUGGCGCAAGUUGGGAAUCGAAGUGAGGUUGCAAAGGGGUUGGAAUAUAUGGGGUACGGGUACCUUCUUAGAGGGGAUUAUGGGAGGUGUUAUGAGGGUGCGGCGAUUGCGUAUUGCAAGUUGGGCGAGGCGUGGGUUGAGGAGAGGUGUAGGGUGGCGAGGAUUAAGAGGAAGAGGGAAGAGAAUGAUGUGGUCAUCGGGUUUCGGAGGCCGCACCUGAGUGUCGAAAAGUCGUUGUUUUAUGGCCCUGUUCAAGUGUCCUUUGGUAUGGAGAAGCUGAUUGGUCGUGCCCCUCGCAAACGGCGUCAUCGUUAUGUUGCAAAACACGGGGGUCUGAUUGAAUUGACCUGGGCAAACCUUGAAGAAAAACGCGGUUUGUUGACGUGUGGGGUAAACGCUCUCAACGUACCAGAGCCGGGUGUUGGGAUUUAG